GCAGCAAAAUCGUGGUUCCGUUAGCAUCCCAAGCUAACGGAUUUCUCUACGCAUCACGCCGUGAAAGAAAGCGUCUUGGCGUGAAGAUAAAGGCGACUUCAAAUAACCCCGCCUAAUCCUUCAGCUAACCAUUAUCCCCCCAUGGUGUCCGAUAAAGGGAGAUAGCGUUAAUAACCACGCACUGUCACCGUAAUUAGCCGCCGAGCACGUUACAGAUAAGGCUCGACUAACAUUUGUUGUCAGGAUGAGGUUACGGACUCAAAGGAAAUGUGCGAUGGACAGUGAUGGAAAGAAGCUCGACCAAGCACCUCCGUUCAAAAAUCCUUUUGUACACGUUUUGAAAUUCACCCCUAUGGAAAAGGCAAAGAUUGCAGUUAUGACAGUCACACUAUUCCCCGUCCGUCUACUCAUAGCUGCAUUUAUGAUGCUGCUGGCUUGGCCUUUUGCAUUUCUGGCCUCAGCGGGACGCUCUGAGACCACUGUUGAACCCCAGUGCCUCUGGAGGAGACUGGUUGACAUCAUCUUAAAGAUCAUCAUGCGGGUCAUGUGGUUUGCAGGUGGCUUCCACUGGAUGACUGUUAAAGGGCAGAGGGCAUUGCCUACCGAAGCACCCAUCCUCACGCUGGCGCCCCACUCAUCUUAUUUUGAUGCCAUCCCAGUCACCAUGACAAUGGCCUCCAUUGUCAUGAAAGCUGAGAGCAAGGAUAUACCUGUGUGGGGAACGUUGAUAAAGUACAUCAGGCCAGUGUUUGUAUCACGAUCAGACCAAAACUCAAGAAAAAUGACUGUGGAAGAGAUAAAACGCAGAGCCCACUCUGGAGGGGAAUGGCCACAGAUCAUGAUUUUUCCAGAGGGGACCUGCACAAAUAGAUCCUGCCUAAUCACCUUCAAGCCAGGAGCUUUCAUCCCAGCAGUACCAGUGCAGCCGGUCGUGAUGCGAUACCCAAAUAAAUUGGACUCAAUAACUUGGACAUGGCAAGGACCUGGAGCGUUUAAAAUUUUAUGGCUGACUCUAUGCCAACUACACAAUGUUUUUGAAAUAGAGUUCCUUCCCAUCUACACACCCUCUGAGGAAGAGAAAAGAAAUCCUGCCCUCUUUGCAGUCAAUGUGAGGCAUAUCAUGGCCAAAGCCUUGGGGGUCCCCAUCACAGAUUAUUCUUUUGAGGACUGCCAGCUCGCUAUGGCAGAAGGCCAGUUGAGACUGCCAGUUGACACUUGCCUGCUGGAGUUUUCCAAACUUGUCAGGAGACUGGGGCUAAAACCCCAGUACACUGAAAAGGUUCUGCAGGAUUAUGGGAACAGGUCCAGGAAUCUGGAAGAGCAGAGGCUGUGUUUGGAAGACUUUGCUCAGUUUUUGGAUGUGCCCGUUUCAGAUAUGUUAAGAGAUGUGUUUUCCCUUUUUGAUGAGAAUGAAGAGAACAGCAUGGAUAUCAGAGAAUAUGUGAUAGCCUUAUCUGUUGUAUGCAGACCUUCUAAAACUCUGGAAACACUGAAAUUGGCCUUCAAUAUGUUUGAAGCUGAGGAGGAUGGCGCAAUCACAGAAAGAGAAUUGGCAGUUAUACUGAAGACUGCUUUGGGAGUGACUGACCUCAGUGUAUCCUGCUUGUUUGCUGCUGUUGAUAACGAAGAUGCAGGAAAGAUCACAUUUGAGAAUUUCAGGAGCUUUGUGGAAGAACACAUUGAUUUUGCGGAAGAGUACUUGUACCCUUACAAUUCUGGUCUCCUCAGUGGUACUUGCCACCAUCAACAAGCAAAGCCAACUCUAUCUUUUAACAAUGUGCAUGGCGCUGCCAACAACAAAAUAACUAACGGCAUCUGCCCUGACUUCAGCCCCAAUGAUCAUGACAGCACAAUACGUGGACUCCUCAAGAAACACAAUUAAGAGGGUUAAGGUGUGUUUGUUGAACAAUGAAAAUCUCUCCUGGUGAGAGAUUGUUAUGUGGUGAAUGCUUGAUAGACGGUUCCAUUUUUUUUAACUGAAAGGGUCUAUAUUUCAGUAACAACAUAUGAGAUGUUUACCUUUUUGCUGGUAUUGUCCAGACGGUUUUCUUAAGUAGGGUUCUACAUUAUAGCAGUUUUACGUAUUACUUUUAUUUUUCAUUGCAAGGGUUGUCAAAAGGUCAACUUUGGCUGUUACAGAUAUAAUGCAUAAAUACUUGAAGGGGCACUUAUUAAUGGUUGGGGCAAUUUUUGUCUUUUUUCCCCCCACUCAUAGCUGCAUUUUUUUGAAAAAAAAAAAAAAAAGCUGUGCACGUGUAUAGCAAGUGGAAAUCAAGCCUUGACGAUGAAAGCAACACAUUUUUGGGGGAAAAAGAAUGUUUCCUUUUAUUUUUUAUGGUAACUGUUUUUUGGCUAGAGAGUCUACAUUUUGGGGCGUUUUAGGCAGUAUUUACAAAACAAACAUCAACCCGAGUCUGCUGGUGACAAUUGUAAUACUUGAAGCAAUUUUUUUUCUGCAUCAAGACAAAUUUGAGGUAUACUCGGGUCGCUUGAGUUGAUUGUCUUUGCUAUGAGCUUAUUAAAUACAUAUAUUUAUACAAUAUUUUUGGUUAAGCUCAGGGUUCAAUAACACAAAUAACAAAUAUACUUGUAUGAUGUCAUCAUUUUUGACUGGUUCUGCGCAUGUCUUUUCUUUGUGCGACAUUAGUACUGUUCUGCCCAAUCACUCAUUCAUUCAUUCAAGUGUCUUUUUUAUUGUUGAAAUGACACAAUGUGGACCAAAAAUGUGUUUGGAUAUUUUGCACCUCUUAUGUCUGUACUGUCCCUUUCAGUCAGUGGUGUAAUGGCUUUAAAAAGGGGAAAGGGUGGGAAGUUCAGGUUCGACCAUUGAAAGCACAUUUUGUUUGGUGGUUUAGGUGGAUUUUCUAAAGGGCAUGUCAUUCCGAAUUUCCCUUUUGCCUUACAUUGCCAUACAUUUUGAUCUUUCCUAUUCAAUUCAGAGCAUAGUUUGUCACUUGGGGGGUUAAAAUACAACAACAUGAUAUAAGGAUCUUAUUUUUGUAUACAUAAAACAGGUAAUCUGGUAUGAAGCCCUGUGCUACUAAGAAAUCCAUAUUUAAAACGAGCCUGAAAGUACAGAACGCAUGAUGCAAUUAAUGAAUUUCAAUCACUGCCCAAACAUUAAGCUGAUUUUCUAUUGUGUAUUGAGUGUUUUGUGUUUGAAAAUAUCAAAGGGAUAUUAGCACUACUGUUGAGCAAGGCUGUGAAGGUAUUGCUUUUCCAUAAGCAUCGCCAGGAGGAAAAAACGUUUGUUUUUUCUCAAGAAUCUAACACUAUUGAAAACAUGCUAGCAUGUGUUUUGUUAAGCUUUCAGAAAAGCAAUAUUCCACUUUUUAAGCUUUUGAAAGAGCUCUGUUAUGUAUUUUGAAUAUUCCAAAUGCAGGCCAUUUUGUGAAUCUUUAACAUACGUAUAGGAGGGAUUUUUUUUUAACUGCCAUUACUAAGAUCUGUGAUGUGUGCAGAUUAUAUAGGUGAUGACAAAUGAGCCAGCUACAUUGUUUCAUUUUUCUUAUACGUAAUGCUGUAUUUUUAACCACAGUCUGAAGUCUAUUUUUUUUCCUAUUAUUGCUUAGUUUACUGAUCUCCCCUAAAUGCAGAUUUUGUAGGGAAAUCGAUAGCCUUGAAUACAGUUUGUUUGAUAGAAGAAUGUAUAGACAAUCUUGUCAUAAUCAAAAGCAACUCAAAGCAAAAUGAUUUUUUUGAAGUCAUUUUAUGCUAAGAAUUUUCCUCAUUGAUCUAGGUAUUCAUUUAACGCGAAUUACUGUGAAUGUGUCAGGCCUCGAGGUGUUCUUUACACCAAAUGACAGGCCACAAGUCUGAAACCCUCAUGAUAGUAUACGCAUCUUCAAAUUAUAUUUUGAAUUUUAAUCGCAGUGUUUUUAGAAUUACUUUCCAAUCAUGUUUUAUUCCUCUCGAGUAUGUUGACAUGUGUGCUUGCACUUUAGUUUUAUUUUGUGAAGAAAGUUCACAUAUAAUGCAUGUUAACUUUGUUUACUUUUUUUUACCAAUAGGUUAUCAUGUGUAUGUUACAGUAAUUUGUUACUAUGAAGCUGCACCAUUCCCUGUAUUUUAGACCAACUUUGGGUAAUUUGACAGCCUAAAAAAUACUUUUACACCGACCUUUCUGCUUCAAACAUUUACAGCAUGAGAAUGAAUGACUUGGAAAAAUUAGAUAGAUUUUGAAUGAAUAGGAAAUGCUUGCACCACACAGUGGAAAUGUAUUUAAUGUAAGCAGGUGUUUAAUUACACAAUUACAUAUAUAUGUGAAGGAAAUAUUUUGUACAUCCUGAGAGGAGACAUUGCUGUGAAAUACUACUCAACCAUAAAUGUCAAGGACUUCACCUUGGAUUACCCCUUAAAUCACACGAAGUACCCCUUUUGCUUUUAUUUAUUUAAUGCAAACAAAACUUUUGUUUUGAAUUUCAAAAGAAUGGUAUUAUUAAAAAUGUGUGUUUAUGACUGUAUUAACAGCUGUAACAGUUCAUGUAUACAUUUACAGUUUUAUUCCUGCAUUUUUCAUCCCUUCUGUCCUUAUGAACUACAGUACUUGUAUUUAUGCUGCUUGAUAAACUGUUUGUCCAUCAUGGAGCUGAAGAAGAAAGAUGUGUGUACUCUUUACAGAGCGAUAUUGUCUUUCUCAUGACUCACUCCUGUGAUCUGAACAACUGUUUCUUUUGUAGCUUUACUUCACCUCUUUUUCUAUACUUAAGUUUUAUUUUAGAAAUACAUUCUGAUGAAGAGUCAUUCUUGCAAGGUACUUUUCACUUGUCCUGUUAAGGACUGCUAUGAUGUAACUUGUUACUGUGACUCUUGAAUUUAAAUAAAUAUAAAUCUACCUGACAAGUGCUGACUUAUGUA